AUGCCCACGAAGCAUAGCGGCCCAGGCGAUUGGCCUCUGAUCAUCGACCAGCUGGUCACACUGGUGGAUGGUAUUGAGAAUGUCGACACGGCCGUGGACAUGGCUCUCAAGGCGUUUCCGGACCCCGGGAAGAACCCGCUGCUCGCUGAGGGCAUCGAAGACGGCACCACGUUUCUCAACUGGGUCGCCAACUUUCUCAAUUGGGUCCCGUCCGAAGUCAAGGAUUCCACCCACGUCUACGACAUGCUCUGCAUCUUCUACUUCGUCCUCGACCAAGCGCCUCUGUCCAGCUAUCAAACCGAGAUCACACCGGCGUCUGAGAACCAGCCGCUCAAGCCGCUGUCGGCGUGGAUGGUACUCUUUGCCCAGCAAAUGGGGCAGUUCAUGCACACCACGACCUCCUUCAAUCGGGAUAAAUUCGCUUCGUUCCAGAAGGCGACACUGUAUAACACGGGGGAGAGCGAGAGCCCUGACGGGUCGGCCUACCGUACCUUCAACCAGUUCUUUGCCCGCCGCCUGGCUGUGCCGCGUCCCAUCGACGGCCCUGGCGAUAACAAGGUGGCCGUCUACCCGGCCGACAGCAGAUUCGACGCCGCCUUCACCAUAGACGCCAACGACCAGACGGACCCCAGUGCGGAUCAAAUCGUGCCUCCGCUUGAAACGGUUUCGGUGAAGGGUGUUCCUUGGGACAUCAACACGCUCCUCAACGGCAGCCAGUACGCUUCCUCAUUCGCGGGCGGUGUCUGGUCGCACUCGUUCCUGUGCACCUGGAACUAUCACCGCCUGCACGCGCCCGUCUCCGGCACCGUCGUCGAGGCGAGAGUGAUUCAAGGAGGCGCAUACCUCCAGGUCAUAGCCGACCCAGACAAGGGGGGCUUCAAGAAGCGCCGCUAUAUCGGCAAGCGCCAUACAAAUAAGAAGGGUUAUGCACACUUGGACGCCAUCGACGGGGCUGGUUAUCAAUUCCUUCAGACUCGUGGUCUCUUUGUCAUUGACACCAGCACUUCCCCUGAUGGCGACAUUGGGCUCGUCGCCGUCCUUCCUAUCGGCAUGGCCCAAGUGGACUCGGUGGUGCCUCUCGUCCGAGCCAAGACGGACAUCACCGAGCCUACCUUCCCCUUCCUGGUGCAAAAGGGCGACCCGCUAGCCUACUUCCAGUUCGGCGGGUCCGACAUCAUUGUCGUGUUCCAGGAAAAGGCCGGCCUCGGGCCCAAGUCCUUCUUCCCCGAUCCCAACCAGGACACAGCGCCGCAUGAUCCUUCCAAGCAAUGGUCCUGGUACGGCCAGAAGCUUGCACAGGCUGCGCCUCAUUAG